AUGAGGUCCACUUCUGCAACUCUGCUUCUGCUGCUGCUGACCAUCAGCCUGUCUCCAGUUCUGGGUUUUCUGGAAGGUUAUUACACGACCUUAAAGUGUAACUGCAUGAGGGAUACCAAGUCUUUUAUCCACGUGAGACGGAUUAAGUACCUUCACAUCUACCCUGCUGGGAGUGGUUGUUCAAACAUAGAAGUCGUUGCCAAGAUGCGGGAUAAUUCAUCUGUGUGCUUGAACACUAAUACCAAAUGGGUCCAAAGAUUAUUGAAAGUGCAACAAAUGUAA